AAACGACCCUGAGUUUUGGGCUUUGUUGAAUGUUGUUCCCGGAGGUGGAGAAGCAGGACACGCCGGCGGAGCUGGAGAAACCGACGGACAGACGGCCGGAUUAAUUGAAGGUGACGACAUGACUUGCGGAGGCGGAGAAGGCUCUGGACAGAAGGCCGGAGGUGGAGAAGUUGAUGGACACAGUGGCGGAGGUGGAGAAGGUGACGUUGAGACGCACCUGGGCGGAGAGGAUGAAGGACAGACGUCGCCGGCGGCUAUGGACGUUGUUUCUGACCUCGAUGGAGAAGGGAUGGCAAAGGAGAGUGAACUUGGUACAGAGCCGGAAGUUGGUAUGGAGUUUGAAAGCAGAGAAGCGAUCUAUGAUUUUUACAAAGCAUAUGGGAAGCGUUUGGGAUUUCCUAUAAGAACUAGGAGCACAACAAAAGACAAAAGAGGAAGAGAGAUUGUGUCAGUUGUACUGGAGUGUUCGCGGGCUGGUCAUAGAGGUAGUCAGUCAAAAAAUCAAUUGAAGCCCCAACCUUCAAUGCAAAUAGGGUGUGGAGCUAGACUACGUGCGCACGUUAUUUAUUCGGGACUUUGGCAAAAUUCAAAAGUGUGUCUACAACAUUCACAUCCUAUGAGUCCAACAAAGGCC